AGAUGAGGGCGGUCUUUUUUUUUCUUCUUUCUUCUUUGAUUGUUAACUUCUUGGAGAAGUUAAAUAUUGCAAUAAUUCACGAAAACACAUACAUAAGCAAAGUUGCGUAAAUGCGAAACAGAGUAAAUGCCUCAGACUGUUUGCAAAACGAAGAAUAACAGCAAUAUCAACAUCCUGGAUUUGUGUAACGCUGCUAGCGUUUAUACUUGCAAACAAAGUUAACAACGUGUUUGUGAGCUUGGUUUGGAAUUUUAAGAGGAUCCAUGUCAGACUGCGAUAAUGACUGAACCACAAAGAAAUACAAGGAAGUCAACAGAUUUGAAAAACGAGGAUGGCUAUGAAAUCUCUAUUCCCUUUGAAGACAGUAGUGCAGACGAGUCUGGUUUCUACAACCAGACUGACCACACGUUUGAUGAAAGUGCAUCAGGACAGACGCCUCCCUGCAACCCGUACCUGUUGAUUUCCAACCUUCGUGCCCAGCUGCAGAUCUCCCUGGAAAAGAACUCAUGGCUACAGAAACGUAUCGAGGACCUGGAAGAGGAAAGAGACUUCCUGCGCUGCCAGCUUGACCGGUUCAUCUUCACCACCAAGAGUCAGGAGAGGAGUGAGCUUCAGCCUGAGGUUUCCCAACAGCCCACAUCCCAGAACACUGUCGUUCGCAGGACCUCAUCUCCGGUGCCCAUGAUGACUCGGUCUAGACAAGCACGCAGCCAGACCUUAAAGCGAAACAAGAAGAAGAACAGUGUCCAAGAUGAGGAAGAGGAGGAGGUGAUGGAGGAGGAAGAAGAGUAUAUAGAGGAGGAUGGCUACCUUGAAGAGGAGGAGAUUGUAUCAAAUGAUGACGACCCUAACAACAAAGUCCGCAAAAGAAGCAGGCCUAAAAGCAGGUCGAAUGGUGGGCCGAUGAGAGUGAAAAGAACUCGGGUAUUCCGCAUAGCACGUGGAAUGGAGAGGCAAAGAGUGAAAGACCCUGCUGGAGUACUUUUUCGCUACAAGAAGAUUCUGGUGACAUACCAGAAGCUGAGGAGCAUGUCCAGAGCCUUUCAGGUUCACGGGGUCGACCGUAACACAGUAGCCUCCACCACUCCCAUUGCGGAGUUGCUCCUGGUCGCGCCAGAGAAAGUGGAAGAAGUCGGCGAGUUCGAUUCCUCCAAGGAGAAGCUUCUAGACUAUGCACGACGCUGCUACAAGGCCCUUGAUGAGACCGCUCAUGCCAAGGUGCAGGCCUUGAAGAAAAACAACCUCCUGCUGCCCAUCUCUUACAGAUUCAGGAACUGAUGCACCAAAAAAAACUGUUUCCUUGAAACCUGUUGCAGUGAAUAAUGGAAGGAGGGUUCAAGGUUGAUGAUUGGAUGUUGCAGCAGCUAAGCAAAGAAUUGUUCUUUAUUUUUUUCUACCUCCAGCUACUGAUUAUUAUUUGAACAGAAACACAUUGGCAUUGCUGGUAUUGGCAAGCAUGGUUAAGAUUGAUGGAAAGGUCUCUCUUUUGUUUGAGUUUGAGGACAUUAGUCCGAGUCAGACAGGAUGGGAUCAGGGCAGCUGAAGUGUUAGAUGAUGCGUUGGCUGAGAUAUUUGAGCAAGGAUCAUCGGAGUGGGGUUAGGGUAAGAAAGAACAAAAUUCUGAGAUAUAAGAUACAAGAGAUGAAGUAAAUCACUGUAUUUAAAGACUGUGUAUGUAUAUUUUUGUACUUGUUCAUUAUUAUUUGGGGGUAACAAAAAAAAAAAAAAAACAAACAAAAAAAAAAGCUAACUUCCUCACUCCUCAGACGAAUGUAACACUUAUUCCCCUGUUCAUUAACACCUUUUUAAUGUAGCUUCCUAAAUUGUGAACUCUGAUACUGAUUUACGAUUAUGAUAAUGAGAUUAAACUGUGUUCUUGUUCUAAGUUUGAAGACAUGGAUUUACAGAUUUACCACCAUGAUAUUUAUUUUAAGAAACAGCAGUUUAGUCAUCUGUAGAUCAUAUCUGAAUCUUUAAGGACAGUCUGGUCUUUUCAGUUUGCAUGUAGAUUUGGUUGAUGGACCCUUUUUUUUUUUUUUAAACUGUAUCACUCCUUCCUCAGUAGUCAUGUUCAGUCAUGUACCUGCACACAUUCCUGUAAACACCUGACUACAAUUACUUCGAGCUAAGAUUAAAGACACAUCAUGUAAUUAAGUCAUUAUCCUCAGGGAUGUAGCCUGCUAACGCAAUUUGAUUGCUAAAAUGGUAAAUCUUCACUUAUCUGCCUUGUUAUAUUACUGAGGUCUUUACACUGUGUAAUCAUGGGUCAGAGAUGUCAUUGUAUUUAAGUCCAUGUACAGGAUGGAUGAUUGGUUCUGUUUUUUCGGUUUUUGUCAUUUUCUUUUUGAUGAUCUGUUUGUUAUUGUUUUUCUUUUCUCUACAGGGGAAUAAACUCUGUACAUUUACAGUAUUAAUUUACUUCUCAGAAAAUAAUAAUUAACAAAAUAAUGUUUUAUUAUGUUUAUGAUAUGGGCUUUAUUCUUUAAAUCAGCAAUAGUAGUGGUGAGUGUAUAAUGAUUAGAUUUGGACACAAACAUGAUUCAUGGAGGUUGUAAAAUUUUCAAGAAGAAGCAAACCUCAAUUUGGAGAAACACUUUAUAUCUGAUCCAUGCAGGUCAGUAUUCGCUUAUGUUUCAAUACUGUUGUUUAAUUAUCUCAGUCUGAUGCAAGUGAUCUUCUAUGUGAGUUAUGUGUAAUGCUGGAUUUGGUUAGUGGUCUGGCUAAAUUAAUACACACAUUAGGCCUCAUUUAUCCCAAAAAAUAAUUAGGAAAUUCGUGUGUGAACCAAAGCGGACUAAAUGCCUGGUUUACAAAAGUUUCAGAAACGCUGAUUUCCUUUUGUACUUGAGCGUGCAUGUUGACUAAUAACCUGCACGCAUGACACAGCUCAUUUACUUAUAGUGACACCCACAAAACUCCAUAAAAGGUCAAAUGCUCAGACAGCUGGAAGCACGAAAUGAGUGAUCAGGGUGAAGCCUGAAAAACAGAAGUGGAGGUUAUUUUGACUCAUUUCUAUACCAAAAAAUAUAUGGAAUCAUAUUAACAAUAAUAAGGGAGUGCUCAGUGGGGCGGCUGUGGUUCAGGUGGUGGAGCGGGUAGUCCACUAAUCGUAGGGUUGGCGGUUCGAUUCCCGGCCCACAUGACUCCACAUGCCAAAGUGUCAUUGGGCAAGACACUGAACCCCAAGUUGCUCCUAAUGGCACGCUAGUGCCUUGCAUGGAAGCUCUGCUACCAUUGGUGUGUGAGAGUAUGGGUGAAUGAGAACUGUUAAGGUUAAAAACAAAAGUGCUAUAUAAGUGCAGGCCAUUUAAUACUAAAUAAAUCAUUUUUAAGUGACUAUAUUUUGCAAAAUGUUAUUGAUGGUACUCUUAGUCUCUGUCCUAGUGAAUUAGCAUGAGGAUGUGUUUUUGA